AUGAAUGCUGUUCAGGCUUGCCUGGACGAACAUACCUCCUGGGACCGCCACCUGAAUGGCAAAAUUGGUGUCCGUCUCCACGCGAACGUCGAGGCCUGCCAUGUUGUCCGCGACAACCCCAGAUCCAUCGAGAACCGCCCCAUGAAGAGUCAGUCCAUUUAUAUCAAGGAGGAUCUUCAGCCCGCCAUCGACAUGCUGGUGUCUCACGAAGAGCUGAGGAUGGAGGAAUUGACCAAGCUGAGAGCCGAGAUUGCGAAGAAGUCAGAGACCCAAGGUGCCAACAAGAAGCGCAAACAAGAAGAUCAAGCCGGUUCUCAACAGGCUGCAAAGAAGAGAAAGCAGGAUAACGACAAGAAGUUGGACGCCUUUGUGGGUGAACUCCAGGCUCUGCGUAAGCUUGUCGAUAAGAAGAUGAACACCGUGGAUAUUGAGAUUAGAAGACGGUUCCACAAGCUUGAAGGAGAUAUUCUCGAGCUCAUGCUUGCCGAGCUUUGA